GCCGCCGCAGUACGUGGUGGACGACACCUGCCAGGUGGACAACAGCGUCAUCUCGACGAGCAGAGAGCGGCAUGAGCAUGCCUGGAACUCUCGGACGUCCGCGUGGAGCUCUCGGGCCGGCGCGGAGGCCCCCCCCUGGCGGCACCCUCUGGCGCUGCUCCUGGCCCGCUGCGCGCUCUGGGGAGGGGGGCCCAGCGCCGAUCCAAGAAAUCGGUGCGGAGCUCCGAAGGUUUGUACUCAUGCAGUGUUUUUCUUCGUCGAGCCAUGGUCACGGGCCAGCAGUCGUAUAGCAACUCGGUGCACCGUGCGAUGACCGAGGUGGACGAGAGCAUGAUCUUGGGCCGGGCCUCGACGAUGAUUUCUGAUGCCCCGCAGACAGUUCUGCAGCCCGCGAGCGUGCUCAAGGAGGCCAUCCAGAGCUACCGCAGGGAAAUGUCCAAGAAGGCGAUGGCACAGCUGCCUAUGGACGAGGACGCCCUGUACGAGAUACACAAGGCCGCGAAGGAGAGCGGCAUGGAUGUCCUGUCGGAGCUCAACAUGGACGAGCGAGACCCAGUGCUGGUAGACUGCCGGCGGGAGUACAACGCUAAGGUUGACGAGAUCUACGAGGAGGUCGCCUCCGAGAACAAGGUUGCGAUACAGCAGCAGUGCGUCUGCACAGUGUGCUGA